AUGCGGGGCGGGCUUUUCCUCUUUCCAUUGUACGUAGAUCCGCAGGAUGCAGCGGAUGCAGAUGCACGUGAGACGCUUCAUCCUGUGGUGUCAGAGCCCAUAGGAGAUGAAUCCUUCAAUCCGCAGCGGUUGGCAACGCUCAUUCGCUCCGCAACCACUAGCAGACUUGGAUUAGCAGGUGAAACGACAGAGAUCGACGCACACGUGUUAAACUCGCUGCCCAAAUGGGCGCAGGCGGUCGUACAGACAGGAUGCUUUAAUGGUAAAGCUGCUCAUGGGGUAAAAAGAAAUCUGGAACUGCAGCAGGAACCAGAGCGUGGGCAGAUACAGAAGAGGCGAUCAGUUGCUACUGUAGACAGGAACCAGUUGGUGACAAAUGAAGGUGAUAAGCUGCAGACUUGUGUGGAUGAGCUGAAUGCCGAACUAGAAGUGGACGUGGAGAUGAAAGGCGAAGAAAAGCUUGCGACGCUUGUUACUCAGGCGGAGAUCACUGCGGACAGCAUUGAAAAGUAUGCGGAGUUGUUGAAAAGAUUGUUGGACAUGGUGACAUAUCGCCAGCAGCAGGAGACUUUUGAUCGGGACAACAUCGAUGUGUUUGAGUCUGAAGACGCGACAAUGUUUCUCCAGUCUCUGAAAGCAAUGGAAAAGAAUGAGUGGAUCAUCAAAUUGGAGCCAGAAUUACUGAUUUCAUUGAUGGCCGCAUUCGAUAGCCAGGUGAGGUUGGGUUUAGCAGUGGAUGUGCUGGACGCCGACUUGCUGAACAAAGAGUGUGGGAAAACGAUUGAUAAUCAACUCGUUGUGCGACUUUUAGCCUCACUUGACGUUGCAAUUUGUGAGCUUAUUGUGAUGACAACGGCUGGCAUUGACAGACGGGUUCUUUCGGAGGAGAUAAUUGAUCAUUGCUUCCGAUUACUUCAUCACAUCAUUCGCCGGCUGCUGCUUCCGUGUAUCGACACCAGCUACGUCACGACAGCUUCUGCGCCGUCGGCAAAAGAAAGUAUUCGGCGACAGUCAUCCGGGCGCAGAACAUCCAGCUCUUCUCGAGUAAAUUUACGGGCGCACAAAGACACUCGUAAAGCUAUUGACCGAAUUUCUCACGUCGUCUGUGAGUAUAUGGAUCGACUUGCUACACUUGUCUUGGGUGUAAAACUUUCAGACCGGUGGAUACUCCCUCUAUCUUCUUCGAUGGUAGAGUUGUUUGCGUUAGAACAUAGUCCGUAUGCAACAUCGCUGCAACAGAGUGCUCUCGCAAUUCUGCGAAGCAUCUUUUUACGGUAUAAGCAUCACCGAGAGUCAUUGCUUGAAGAAAUCGUGGACGUUAUGUUAAAACUUCCUACGGCUAAACGAACACUUCGAACGGUGAAGUUGCUGAAUUCAACGAAUUUCGUACAGCAAAUUUCAACAGUAAUAGUGUCGCUGAUACAGGCCUGCACGUCAAUUUCUAAACCUAAGUUGGAAGAUAGUGAUACUGGUCCACUUCCUGACUCAGUCGAAUCUUCGUCAACACCGGAUACUGCCAGUGAAGAAAAAGAUCUACAAAAUAUUGAUGCAGUAGGGAGUGCACUAGUCGACGUACGAAAUAACAAUUUUGCUGAAGAUCUCCUCGUGAUGUUCGUACGACCUGAAUGGGUAGGAGCGGAAGACCUUCUUGAGGCAUUGAGUUCCUCAUUGGCGAGUAUCCUACAUGCAAAUAUAUCGAAGAACGCGAAGAACCCGGACUCACACCAAAGCAUAGCUGCACUCAACGUGAUCGGAAAAAUUUGUGCAUCAAUCAGGCGAUACCAGAACAAGGCUAGCCAGAGUACGAUGGAGGAGGACAGUGACUCAAUUGCAGUCAUUGAGGAGCAUACAAACAGUUUGUGUGUCGCCAUUUCCGGUGCGAAACCAGAAUCUAAAGGCGCAUUACCCAGUGUUGCCUGCAGUGUGUUUCACCAAAUGGCGCUAAAGCAUAUUACUGUGAUGUAUCUUCAACGGAAUAGCCUUAGUCAAGACGAUUCAAAAAAGUUGCUUAUCUCGAAAUUCCUCUCGGAAUUGAAUGAGCAUUGGAGCGAAGCUGAGUCGAAAUGUAAGGAACGAGAAAGGAAUUUGUGGGAGUCGUUGUGGGAGGUGCCUAAGGGGGGCAUUAAUCCGACGUUUAAGGUGGCUGUCCCUACAAGUGAGUUGGCGCUAAAGGCAAGUUUGCACCUUGCUGUGAAACGGGGGUUUUGUGGUCUGUUCGACAGUAUGCUCGCGCACAUCAUGGCUUUGCUUUCUAAGGGAAUGCCAAGCCUACGAGCUCGAGUUAUGAAAUGCUUGCGAGGUAUUGUCGAUGUCGAUCCCAUGCUGAUGGCAGAAAGGGGAGUGCAAUUAGCUGUUCAGAGGUGUUGUUCGGAUGAAAAGCCAUCAGUUCGCGAAGCAGCGGUGGAACUAAUCGGGACUUACGUUCUACUACAGCCCCUCCUGUUCGACAAAUAUUUCGACAUACUUGCUGCAAGAGUUCGAGACAAAGGCAAUAAAGUUCGGAAAAGUGUGUGCAAAGUCUUCAAGAUAGUUUUGGCCCGCGAUGUAACGACAAACAAAGAGCUGCGUCGUAAAAGUGCUUGCAUGCGAUGUCUGGUCGAACGGAUUGGAGACGCGGCUGAAGAUCAAGGCGUGAAGAAUUUUAUUAUUGAUACUUUCCAAGAGGUAUGGUUUGGUGCUGAACUUUCGUCCUCGAGACUUUCGAACUCGUUCAGCGAGUUUUGUAGCGAAACUACUCUACCGCCUGGUUGGACUUCUGUUGCUGCGAAUGUCGGUGAAAAAAGUGAAGCCACUUUACUUUCAGAUGGAAGUACAAAGUUUGUUUCUGAAGACGGGAUCGUUGCUAGCUCGGUCGGAGAAGCGUGGUCUUCGUAUCGGACCCCUAUGGUGACACCAGCCAGCGUAGCAAAGAGCAACGCUUCAAAGCUGGACAACACUUCUGACGUUGUUACAACCAUCAUUGAAGUCAUUCACGGUAUGUCAAACCUUACGUGGUUUGCUGAACUCCUAAAAAGGCUUUUAGGGACGCACAGUAACAGCACUGCAUCACGACAAACUAAAAAUCGGUUAGCUGAAGUCGCACUCGCUGAGGAGCGCUCUGAAAAGAUCAUUACUCGUCUUGUGGGCUGCCUUAUUGAGAUACAGGAAGGAACACUUCUUAAUGCUGUUUCCUUUCAAGACGGACAUCAACAGUUUGUGACAUGUAUGACAGCUUUGUCUGCGUUUUGCGAAGCAAAACCCAAGCUCCUGGUUCGCCACCUCGAGACUAUUCGUGUAUAUCUGAAAGAGGAAGACGCCAAGAUCCAAAGUUUAUCAGUCUCCAUGAUUAACAGCAUCUUGAGCGUAAAACGCGUUCCGCAGACCAUAGCUGAAAGACUUGAAGAGGAUCUAAAAGUUCUGGUGCUACGCUCUCCUCCGAGUGUUGUUGGUCCAAGUGUGAAGUGUCUGGCAACACUUUCGACAACACGAUACAAGGCGCGAGUACUUUUGCUUCGGUUGCUGGAACGUUUUUAUAUCAGCAUGCGCGACAACGAAUCGAAAGCUUCUCUCUAUAAUUUUUCAGAGAAAGAUUAUGUACUUCAGCGUGCAUUGUUUGCAGCGGGAAAAAUUGUUGGUGCAACGGACAUUGACCGAUGUCAGGAACUCGCAAAGGAGACAAAUGUGCUGUCAGUUGGAACGAUAACAGAAAAGCUCUACGAGUUGUACAGCCAAUUCGUUCGCAUGCCAGGAAAGGAUAUAUGCGCCGCUAAAGCUGUACAAGGCAUGGGUUUUUUAUUUCCCAUACGGCCACGUCUAUUUCUCCGGGCACAACAAGAUGGAUUGCUUCACUUUCUUUUGACGUCCAACUCCCUGAAGGCGAAGUUGCAAUGUCUUGUCAGCAUGAAGGAGCUAUUGCUGAUUGAAGAACAGCGUCUGGAAAAUGGACAGGCAGCACGGACGAUGAACCAAUCAAAAAGUAAAGAGCAGCAGGUUCAAGGCGAUCAGGAAGCCGACGCCUCGUUGAUUGGCAACGUCAUGCAAGCGGAACUUGGAAACAUAUUGCGGUUAUCAAUAUACAAGGUGCCACAAAUUCGAAAGCAGGCCAUCGUAUGCAUCGGCGCCUUGCUCACGCAAGGUUUGGUGAACCCGUUGCAAUGCAUUCCAAAUUUGGUGGCCUUAGAAACCGAUCGCGUUCCAGAUGUUCGGGAUGCAGCAUUCUCGCAACUGAUGACACUAUAUGAAAGGUUUUGGAGUCAAUUUCAUACACCACUGAUAAAGGGCAUUCAAGCCUCGUAUGCGUUCCAGCUCAGUGUCUACGGCAACUGCACCGCGCUGGGAAUCGUCGAUAACGAAAAGGAGUUUUGCCUGUUUGGACGAUUAUACACGAAUUGCCUGAAGUCGACAAAGUCGCAUGAAUCACUUUUUCUUAAGGCACUUGUGAAUCAGUUCACUGACCAGGGAAGCGUGCUCAAGCCUUUGGAGAGUAAGUCGGCUACCACUAAGAACAGCAAGGCCUUUGCGAGCGAUUUGAAAUAUUUAUGCUAUUUAGCACAAAUCAUUUCGACGCUACCGUACGAUGUGGAGGACAAACCGCUGUACAUUAUUUAUUUGAUCAACCGCUACGUGAGCCUUCGGCUCGGUUAUGUACUAGAAGAUCUCAAAGAGGCCUUUGCAAAGGCAGGCGUGGCACCUACACAACUGGAAGACGAAGACUCGGAUCUCUCGAUGGUUAGAAUCAAUGAGUUUCGCCCGUUUCGCCUGCAAGGGAGAUCUACACUGUCAACGCUACAGAGCAACGGGCGUAUUGCCUUCGCAAUCGCGCUGUUGCUUCGUUUGAAAUUUGCGCUCCAGCACAACUAUCAACUAGACAACGAAAAAUGUGCGACGUACAAACCAUCCGCCACUGGGAUUUCAGUUGAAGCGAAGGAACGGUCUCCCAAGAAACUUUUGUUACCUUCUAUUGACGACUUGUGCCAAACUGACGAUCCAAUUGAGCUGAGUUGGAAUCUUUUUCUGGUUGCCUGGCAUUCCGCUCGUAAGGACCAAAAGCAAUUGGAUAUUGAUUUGGAAAAAGAGCUGAAGCCUAAAACCACACCAAAGCGACGACGUCGUUCGCGCAAAUCCGUCACUAGUAAGCCGCAAAAGCGAUCCGAGAACGAUGACAGCGACAACGAAGACUGA